AUGGCUCAAACGAAAACGGACGAACACGAACAGGUGGAGGACAAAACUAGCGAGGAGCCGGAGAAAGUGGAUGAAAAUAAAAGUGACGUGGCGAAGCCGAUUGAAAAUGAACCUGAAGCAGACGGGAAUAAGGUUGCAGAGACGAAGGAAGUGAAAGAAGCAGUUGACGCGGAGUGUGAGGAGAAGAGGAUAGAAGAACCUCCUAGUAUGAAUAAAGAUUCUGAUGAGAAGCCGAAAACAGAAGAAGUCAGCCUGGCCAGCCAGACGGAGCAGCCAUCAUCAACAUCCACACCCCAACCGCCGGGUGAUGCUGCGGCGACUCCCGAGGGUAGCGCUGAAGAGAAGGUGGACUCGAACGAUGAACCGCCACUCCACGUUGAAGAUAAACCACCAGAAAGACGUUCUGACGAGGAGUCUGAUGUUGAGUUCACGGACGGCGACAUUGGCAGACUGCUGAUCGUGACGCAGACCAGCACACGCCAGCCCAAGCAUGACGGGUACGACCGCCAGGGAGACUGGUGCACGCGCACCAAGAUCACCCAGGACCUGGAGCAGGUCACUCACUCUAAAAGAAGCGUCCGUAAGAACAAGACCCGCUAUGGAGUGAACCCGCCGGUCGAGCAACACGUGGGUUGGGUGAUGGACGUUCGUGAGCAUCGCAGACAUCGCGGAGACAGCAGCUCCUCGUUGGGUACAUCUCCCACUCUUGGCUCCUCCCUGGGGUCCACACCGCAGUCGCUGCCAGCCUUCCACCAUCCCUCGCACGGCCUGCUCAGAGAGAACCACUUCACGCAACAGGCCUACCACAAGUAUCACUCGAGGUGCCUCAAAGAACGCAAGAAGCUGGGCAUCGGACAGUCGCAGGAGAUGAACACCCUGUUCAGAUUCUGGUCGUUCUUCCUCCGGGACCACUUCAACAGGACUAUGUACAAUGAGUUCAGGACGCUGGCCAACGAGGACGCAGCCGGCGGGUUCCGCUACGGGCUGGAGUGUCUGUUCCGGUUCUACUCUUACGGCCUCGAGAGGAAGUUCCGCCCGGAGCUCUACCACGACUUCCAGAUGGAGACCAUCGCUGACUACGAGAAGGGUCAGCUGUACGGCCUGGAAAAGUUCUGGGCGUUCCUGAAGUACUACAAGCACGCCGGCGCACUCCAGGUGGAUCCCAAACUGAAGGGAUACCUUGCCAACUUCAACACCAUCGAAGACUUCAGGGUGCUGGAGCCCCAACUGAACGAGCUGCUGGCGAGCCAGGGCCCCCUGGCGCCAGGGAGGGGCCCCCACGCGAGGCCCUACGACAGACAUCGCUCGGUGUCUGAAAGCGACCGUCCACACCACAACAGGAAUUACAAUAAGUUAGUAGAAUCAACUUUAACUUGA